AGUCACACUCUAACUGAAUCCUCUGAGGUGCUUUGAGACACAUUAACCACGAUACAGCCUCACUGCGGCACAGACCAAAGCGGAUCUGCAAGAACAAACUAGCGAGCGAGGAACAAUGAUCAGAAAAACCGUUCUUGUGACAGCCGUGUGCUCCCUCCUCAUCCUCAGCAGCUUCGUCGACAGGACUCAGUCAGGUGAGUUUUUAACAUCCUCGUUCAUUAAUGUGGAUGCUCUCAGGGAGAAAAUGUGCACUGUCUCACAAAGUAAAGCUCCAAGUACCUGUGAAUGCAGAGUGAAAGUGCAGGAAUUUUUUUUGAUUUUUUAAAAUCUAUUUUAUUUAUUUAUUUUUAUUUUUAUUUUGUUUUAUUUUUAUUUUUAUUUUGUUUUAUUUUUCAAUUUUUUUAAAUUUAUUUAUUUUUAAUUUUUAUUAGUAUUUUUAUUAUUAUUAUGAUUAAAUUUAAGCCAAGAAUUUUGUUUCAGCAUCAAAAAAACAUCCUGAAAAUAUCAGUUUAAAUAUAUUUAAUCUGAACACUUAUGUCUGUUUCUUUGCAGCGAGCUGCUGCCUGUGGUACACGAGACGACACCUGAAAUGCAACAGGCUGCUGGGUUACACCAUCCAAACCAUCAACACGUCCUGCGACAUGAACGCCGUUAUGUGAGUCACAGUUCUGCCAAAUCUGACAUGAGCGAUUACUCAGUGACACAAAUAAACAGACGGACUGAUGAGUUUGUGGUGAAGUUAAAUUGACUGAACAAAAAAAAAGAAAGAGUGUUUUAUAGUUGCUGGUGCGUAACAACUAAAACUAGCCUGAGCUUGCACUUAAAUAGUUAGCUCCUCUGAAGACUUUAAGCUAGUUAGGAAAAAGCUAAAUUUAAUACCGAUGUUUCCUUAUGACGUUCUGAUUGGGUCACGAACAGCUGGUCAAAAAAGUUAUUUUACGUGAUAUUGAAGUUAUUUAAUAUUUUCUGCACAAGCAACUUCAGUAGUUGUCGUCCUCAUGUUGUCCCCUUCACUUCACUCACUAAAACAAGUGAAUUUAUGUUAAAGAUUAAAGUCUUUAUAGUUUUUGUUUUUCUUUUUAUAAAAAUAAAUUUGCUUGGUUUGAAUUCUAUAAAUUUAGAUUUAGUGAAAAACUGAUUCAGCUGCCUGUUUCAACCUCCACACCCGAGUGUUUGCAUAAGGGUUUUGACUGAAGUGAAAGUACAUAAACCCUGAAUGUUUGACCUCAAACAUCAAAUACCACUUAGUAAACCAGGAACACAAACAACUUUCCCAGUUAAAGUUUAGCCCAGAAUCAGCCGUCAGGAAUGUGUGUAGAAACGCUUUGGGGGGGCUAACUCUGAGGAAUGAGAGGGAGAGAGAGAGAGAGAGAGUCUGUUCCGUGAGGGCGAGCGCUCGUGGUUAAUUUUUGUCUCUGUUUCCUGGAUUCCACAGCUUCCACCUCAGGGGAAGGUUCAUCUGCGCCAAUCCAUCAUCCAGUCAUACCCAAAACCUGAUGAAGUGCUUAGAGUGAGUACGCUUAAAUCAGUUUAUUCUGCUUUUUUAAAAAUAUUACCUCGCUGUUAGGCUCGUGUGUGACUAAACUUCGUGUUUCUUUUUCCUCCGUAGCGACAAGAAUAACCCAAAAACUCAGAAAGAGGAAAUCCAGAAAACCACGGCAUCGUCUUGAACCGUCGACAGACAGACGGAGAAAAUCCCCAUCCUCCUCUUGACUUAAAAAAACAAACAAACUGUGACGGGGACUGUUGUGAUAUUCUGUGACCUUUCUUCUUGUAUUGUUCUGUUUUAUAAACAGGGAAGAGUAGUAUUUUUAAUACGAAAAACAUAAUUAUUUCUUUACUAUUUAUCUCUAAUAUUAUGCAAAGUUUUUGUACUAAUGCGAUAACAGCUACUUCAUGUAUUCAAAGAUUGGGAUUUAUACUGUGGAGUAAUUCAGCAGUAUUGUGAGUCAUUGUGAUUGUAUUCCAUUCAACACGACUAUGUUGGUAACUCAGAAACUUUUUAAUGUCUAAAAAUAAAGACGUUUUAAAAACACUUUAAAAA